UGAUUCCCAUGAAAACUUGGAUGGAGUUCCAUCCUCGUUGGAGCCCAUUGCGAAGCAGUCUUUGGGAUAGUGCACUGUUAAUAAGUGAGCUAAAAGAGAGCCCUUGACUCAGCAUGCCUCCAGCGACUGCGACAGACCUUGGGUACCCCCCGCCAGAUGGUGGGUGGGGCUGGGCAGUGGUGUUUGGAUCUUUCAUCUCCAUAGGCUUCUCCUACGCCUUUCCCAAGGCCCUCACCAUCUACUUUAAGGAGAUCCAGGAAUACUUUUCCAUAUCCUACAGUGAGAUUGCUUGGGUGUCCUCUAUCAUGCUAGCAACUAUGUAUGCAGGAGGACCUGUAAGCAGCAUACUAGUCAAUCGCUAUGGCAGCAGACCUGUGGUCAUAGCUGGUGGGAUAAUGUGUGGGAUUGCUAUGGUAGCUGCUUCUUUUGGCAGCACCAUCAUGCAUUUGUAUUUGUGCAUUGGAGUCAUUGGAGGAUUUGGCCUUGCUUUCAAUCUUCAACCAGCCCUGACAAUCAUUGGGAAAUACUUCCUAGUCCGGAGGCCUAUAGCAAAUGGUCUGGCCAUGGCAGGAAGUCCAGUUUUCCUCUCUACCUUGGCGCCCCUGAAUCAAUUUCUGUUUGACAGCUUUGGAUGGAGAGGAGCGUUUUUAAUCUUGGGAGCUAUAAUUCUUAAUUGUUGUGUAGCAGGAGCCCUGAUGAGGCCCAUUCAGGUAAAGCCCCAAGUUAAAUGUGCAGAGGAUCGUAACAAAUCAGAUGCAGAAGAUGGCAGCAGCACUCCUGUCGCUGGUCUGUUGAGUGGACAGGAGCAGCAAAGGAAGCCUGGGUGCUGUGGCGGAAUUAACACCUUCAUCGAUCUCUCACUCUUCAAGCACAGAGGCUUCAUCAUCUACCUUGUCGGCAAUGUGUUCAUGUUCUUUGGCUUCUUUGCCCCAGUUGUCUUCCUUGCUCCCUAUGCCAAGCAUCUUGGUGUUGACGAGUACUCAGCUGCAUUACUGCUAUCUGUAUUUGCCAUUAUUGAUAUGGUGGCACGUCCUGGCACCGGCCUGGUUGCCAACACCAAGUAUAUCAGGCCUAGGAUUCAGUAUUUCUUCAGCUUCUCCGUAGCCUACAGUGGCAUCUGCCAUAUCCUGUGCCCCCAGGCCACGGGGUUUGUGGGACUGGUCAUUUACGCCAUCUUUUUUGGGGUGGCUUUUGGCAUGGUGUGCGCCUUGCUCUUCGAGGUGCUGAUGGACCUUGUUGGUGCUCAUCGUUUCUCCAGCGCAGUUGGUCUGGUCACCAUUAUUGAAUGUGGUCCUGUGCUUCUAGGACCUCCGAUAUCAGGAGCCCUAGUGGACGUGUUCAAGGACUACAGAUACAUGUACUACGCAUGUGGGGUUGUGGUGCUGGCCUCGGGAAUAUUCCUCUUUAUCAUGAACUUCUACAACUACAGGAUGCUGGAUAGGGAGGAAAAGCGAAAGGAGGACCAGGAGGUAGCUGUGAAUAUGAGUGCAAAGGAGAUGUGUUCUACUGUUGAGAAAGGCUAUCCUAGAGAGGAGAAUGGCAAUGAACUGGAAGGAAAACUGGAGGAGCAAUCCUGCAUGGAAAAGGAUGGGUCACAUACUGAUGACAUGCCGGCCGAUGACACUUAAUGGUAGAUAAAACCGUCACUGGAGAGACUGGCUUUGGGUUGAAGGCCUACCUGUCCCAAAAGCACUGAUCAGGACUCCCUCCAUUGGGGAUGAUGCCAGCUCUUUGGGGUUACAAUUAUGAUCAUUAUAAUGAUUGUAUGACUGAAAUCAUUGUCAUUAACGGGGAGCAUCUCUGUAUGUCUAAUGUGGAUUUCUAAGUAUCGAGUGAAACAAACCAUUCUGGACCUUGGAGACUUGGUUCAUUUAUGACAGUAGUUAGAUGAUCAUUUUGUUUCAAGGCAAUUCCUGGCAUACUGUUUAUGAACUCUCCAUUUGAUAGGAUUUUAUAAAACAAUGAAGAUAAUGUAAUAAUACACUGAUAAUAGUAUGGCCUUUAAAAGAUGUUCUAGAUUUAAAAAAAUCUGCCUAUUGAUUAAUGUAAUUGGUUAACAACAUGGGUGAUGCUUCGUGAAUAUUAACUGAAAUAUAAUUGUACUAGUAUGAGUUUUUUUUCCUUAAAGGCUGAUUUUGUCAUUAAGGUUAGACUGCCAACUGCAUUGAAAAUCAUUUAAAUGUUCUAAGUUAUACUGAACAGACUUUACUAUUUAAGAAUACCUUUUGGAAGGAAUAUCGCAACAGAUACCUAAGCAUGAUUUAAGUGGUGUUACAAAAAGACAAAUUCUAUAAAGUGUGUCUUUCUAAAAAAAUAUAUAUAACUAAAAUUCACAAAACAGCUGCUUCUUCUGGAAUGGAUGUGCUUAUCCAAUAAUCUGACCCCUCUUGACAUAGUCUUUCAACACAAAGUAGUGGAAAAUCCAGUCUGGUCUGCGUAACCAGCUCCAAUUGAUCUAUUCUACACAAUCCUUUGAACAGGACAUUGCUCUGUUUUGAGGAAAAACCAAAGCAACAAUUAAUUGUGAACCUUUCAUCUGUCAUUCCAACUAUUCUGUCUACAGAAACCUGUCUAAAAAACCCAUCUCAUUAAGUCUGUCAUCUACACCAAGCCACAUUCAGUUACAUAUUCUUAAGAGCUGAAUGCUGGGUCUUUUUCUUACCAGCAGACGCUAAACCACACAGCUGAAGAAACUGGCUUGGCUGAUUUCAUGUCACUCUAUUCUGAGCUGUUAAUGGUGAAAUAGUGGCACACUUUCAAGAAACCUCCUGGCGUACUAUGAACAUGCACGUCAAAAAUACUAUGAAACCCCUGUGUUGCCACACCUGCUUAUCCUUAGUCAUGGCAAUUACACGUUAGCUUUAACAAAAGCAAUUAUGUUGCACCCCAUGAAUGAUGAAUGCAGCUAAUACCACAUUGUUUUAGAUAGAUUAAUGAGAAUGUGAUGUUAAAUAUUGCAUAUGAAAUAUUGAUCGGAACAGUGGAAUAAACACAUUCAGAAUUCACUGUAGAAUCAGUGCAACGUUGAUGUCAUUGGAGGGUAGCUGCAUUAUUUCCUGAACCAACCUGUCUCCUGCAUGGCUCUCUAGCUCCAAAAUACGAAGCUUUAUUUAAACAUGCUGCGGUAAUGUAGGUGCAUUAACUGCAAUAUUCCUUCCCUGGCUGACACUCAUAAAGUCUAACAGCAAGCUGAAGUUAAUGGGCUGUUGGGCACAUACACAGGAAAGGUUAAUUUGCGCUUCACAAAUGUCUAACAUAAAGCCAUAAUUACAACAAUUGUUGCUUUAAGCUUUAAUAUUAUUACAGUUUUCCCAGUAUUCUAAGUGACAAAUACAGUUAGAUAUUUCCCUAGAUCAGACAGGGUUACAGGCCCCACUCUUGGUUGAGACAAUAUGGCCUGUCCUGCAAAGCCAGAAUCUUUCAGGUUAUGACUCCCUGUCCGUCUGGUUGUUUGUGAGGCUGGUGUUUGCGAGCCUCUGUAAGAAUGUUGCACAGGGAUGUAUCUUGAUUAGUCUCAGGGAGGAGGGGACAUAUUGACCUCUGCUGUGCAGUAGCCAACUCAAGAAAUACAUAAAAUCUGUCACCUAGCACACUAUCAAUCGCUUCUCAGCAUACGCUGCUUAUCAAAGGUUCACAUAAUCAGUCCUUCGAAAUGUAGGUGCUGUGAAAAAAAUGUGCUUUCUGAAAUGCAUCCACAGCUGUGACAGGUUAUUUUUGCUUGAGGAAAUGUUUUUUCUCUAAUGUAGUUUUUGAGCUGAUUUGUUGCACUUUCAUUUAGGUUCAGUCUCCUUGCCAAAGAGAAAACAACGUGUAUAUGACUAGAGGUCUUUCAAAUAUUUUACAGAAAGAAGCUCUGGUUUGAAAAGCUAUGGAUGUUCAUAUCCAUUCAAAGAAUCAAUUCUUUCAUUCUGUAGUGCAUUUUUCAGACAGAAUCUGGAACUAGCUGGUCCAGGAGUACCUUGCCAGAAGAAUAACAGUAGUUGAACUUAGAGAAUGCAGAAUUACUGGUCAUGCAAAGGUAAUAAAGCAUUUUUUGGUCCUUCAUACCUAUAAUUACCCUAACAUCACAUGGACAGUACUUAUGAUAAUGUCUGUUCUUAAAGCCGCAUAUAUGAUAGGAUAAUUCCCACUAUUAUUGUUAGGCCAAACUGCAUUCCAUUGUACGAGUAGUGUUACUUGUUCUUUAUUGUUUCCAUAAGGGGAAAAAGCCAUGUGGAAAAUUUUUAUCUCAAUGGAAUUCCAUAAUAAUGCAGCCCUCUCUCUCAUAUAUAUAUAUAUAUAUAUAUAUAUAUAUAUAUAUAUAUAUAUAUAUAUAUAUAUAUAUAUAUAUAUAUAUAUAUAUAUAUAUAUAUAUAAAGAGAGAGAGAGAGAGAGAGACACACAGACACACACACACACGAGAUGCACAUUCACUUUUAAAAGCGAUACGUGCAGAAAUUGAUUGCAAAUGGGCACAUGUUUCAUGUGUAUUUUACGCUGAUAUGUCAAGAAAUUAUCAUUCAUUUUAACAUUUACAGUAUAUGCUCAUUCGUACUUUGUUUGUAGUAUAUCUUGUUUCUUUGUGACUCUUGCUUUUAGUUUGUAUUGAUGCAAUUCAAAAGUAACUAAAACUAAUUAUAAUUACGUAACUUUCAUUUUGAGUUACUUUCAACAGGUACCUAGUAACUGUAUCGGAUUACAUUUUUGAAGUAACUUCCCCAGCCCUGGUUAUCGUUGAUUACUGAUAUUUUCAUCAAAUUUCACGAAACUAACACAAACGUGCCAAAAUGAAAGGCAAACCAGGUAGUCGGGCCCAUAAGCAUCAAAUCCCCCCAACAAUCCAAGUACCUGGAAAAUGGGAAAGCGGAAAACAAAUGACCAAUCGAAUGUUAGUAGAAUGAUUGGCAGACAAGAAAACCACUCUUUAUUCUGUAUGUUCCGGGUUACAAAUCAUCAGCCAAUCAGAGGUAUGUAUUAUCCUGGAGGGGUAGUGCUGUGAAGAGUUACAGUAGCUGCAUCAACAGAAGUUCAAAGUGCUUGAUCAUCACAUGAUUCAUGUGGCCAUCAAAUAGUUCCAGGAAGUGCUUGGCAGGCCUUUUGAAUGUAUUAAAUACAGAGAGAACAUCGAUUUUUGGUAAUCAAUAGUCAAUAAAUGCAUUCAUUUACAAUUUUCAUGUA